UGUUCGCAGGCUGACCGAUGAAUUUAAUAUAAGUGAUGAGUUCGUAGAUUUGUAGUAGCCUGUUUGCACGAUCCGAUAAGAUCCGACGUUCGUUCGAUUUAUUCCCGUUCAAUUCAUCGCAACCACUCUGAAAAUAGCUACGGCUUGUGGUGGAAAAAAAGACAAGGAGUGACCAAAGUGACCGCGCAAUCUCCAUGCGAUUCGAGUGAUUUGCGGUCAUCGAAAGAAGCAACACUUCAGUGUGUACUACUAUAAAAAGAAAAGAUCGAAAAAUAAUCGGAAAAAAGCAAGUGUUAUUGGUUGUUUCUAGAAUUAAAUCUUGUUUUCACUUUAACACAGCCGUGGAAGAGGAUACUUACAUAGGAAACACGAGUUUCGAGUGAGAUGGCAAAGAAAACGUACGACCUUUUAUUUAAAUUGCUAUUGAUUGGCGAUUCUGGUGUUGGAAAAACGUGUAUUUUAUUCAGAUUUUCGGACGAUGCUUUCACGACAACAUUUCUCUCUACGAUAGGUAUUGAUUUCAAGAUAAAAACAGUGGAACUAAGAGGGAAGAAGAUCAAACUACAAAUAUGGGACACAGCUGGUCAGGAAAGAUUCCACACUAUAACAACUUCGUACUACAGAGGUGCUAUGGGAAUCAUGCUCAUAUAUGAUAUUACAAAUGGCAAGAGUUUUGAAAACAUUGUCAAAUGGCUGAGAUACAUUGAUGAACACGCUAAUGAGGAUGUCGAGAAGAUGAUAUUGGGCAACAAAUGUGACAUGCAUGAAAAGCGUGUUGUUAGCACGGAAAGAGGCGAAGCAAUAGGUAGAGAGCAUGGAAUAAAAUUCAUGGAAACAUCAGCCAAGUCAAACGUAAACAUCGAGCGAGCAUUUAUCGAACUCGCAGAGGCUAUUUUAGAAAAAACAGCCGGUAGUGAACCUCAGGAAGCACCAGAUCGCUUAACGGUCGAUCGUAGAGUUGAAAAAAGUUCAAAUCGCUGCUGCUAACUGUAUAUUAGGAGUUUAUAUUAUACAAAACUUGCAUAAUUAGCUGAGUAUCGACGACUAAUGCCAGCUUUACUUCAUUAGUAUGAUAAUUAGCAAUUACCUAUUAUUUUUUAUUGUUAUCUUUAUAAUAAUUUAAAUUAACAAUAUAGUAACGCGUCAGUUAAUAAUAAUAUUCAUACUAGUUAUCGAGUUUAUUUAUAUCUAUAAGGUGAAAAGAAAACGAGAGCGAGAGAUAGAGAGUUGAUAUGUACAUAUGUAUUAUGUAGCGUAUGUCGCAGAAAAACCAGAAGAAAUCUAAGUUUACAACAUGUCUGCGCCUGUAGCGGUUAGAUAACUGAAGGAUCAAUUCAUUUAUAGAUUAUAAUAUUUUACGCAUUGUAUUUGAAAUUUUGAAAACCACACAGAAAUAUUGUACAUCUCGCAAGUUUUAAAAAUUUCUAUGUUUCAUGUAAUGUGUAGUCAGUGUUGAUAGAAUCAUCUGCAAUCAAAAGUAAUAAUCAAUUAAGUCUAGUAUAUUUAUGGAAGAACUAUUCGAAUUAUAUUUCAGAAUAAUUAAUCAUAUUCGGCUUUAUUCAAUGGGCAAUCGGAAAUAAAUUAAGAUCCAUGGCUUGUCGGUCAAAUUGAUAAAACGUCAAAAUAAGUAAAAUUUAAAAUAAGUUGAAAUUGAAAGAUGGAGUAAAUCAGAAAUAAACGAAGAAAAAAUGUCUCGAUUCUUACUGGAACAUUUGCAGUCUUCCCAGUUAACUUAACAACUAUACUAACUUCUCAACAAGUUGAAAUUAUUAUAGACUACGUUUAUACGACGUCAUUUUCAUUCCGGUGUUUACUAUAACUGAUUUUAUUCAAUCGGUGGUAAAAGUGCGUGUAUCUCACAUUCAAAAUAAUAACUGUCGAACGAAAACUGUCGUAUAAAUGAAGUAAUAGUUUCCAUUCGCGCAGUCGUUGAGUGUUAAGAAAAACGUUUUGUUUCAUCUGAUGAAAAUUGAUAUGCCUUGGUUUUUUAGAAUUAUACUCUAACUCUAACUCUGAGUAUAUGGAGCGUUUCUGUUUGGCUUUACCAGGUGUAACGAUUACCUAUUUUCGACCUUAACAGUUUUGUUGCUAUUACACCGCAAAAUAGAUAACCAUUCUAUAAAAACAUAAUUUUCUCCAAUUUGCACUCUUUCAGAACUAACAAUAAGCCAAGUAUACGUAGCAACUGUGAAAUAACAGGUCUUGCAAGUCUAACGAACAAGUUUUUAUUUUGUUAAUGAAAUCCCGGUUUAUAAUGUUUUUUCGUAGAUUCAUAGUUCAAAAUUUUUACAUUUAUUGUUCUCGGGGUUCAAGACAGCUUUACCAUGUUCCAUUACUAAACAUGGUCAUCUUUUAUAAAGAAUUUUGUCCACGGAACACGCAAUUAAUUUAAGCUUUUAUCUGAGAUGCAUGUAUGCACCUAUGGAUCAAGAGUUAUAGAUUUUUAAUGAAAUCGAAAAUCCUAAUAAAGCGAUGAAAAUUUAGAAGUACAGCAAUAAAUUGACUAAUAUUAACUUCACAAUCUUAAAAAAAUUUUAAACUUCAAAAGCUUAGGUGCAAUCAUUUUUAAUGAGUACCUUUAAAAAAUUUUGCUUUCUGAAGUAAAGUUUUGCAUAAUUAAUGAAUGGAAAUUGAUUGAUUAAGGAAUCAUGAAAAAACACCCAUAUUUUCGACUUUCGCUUGCCAAACGUUCAUAAAAAUGUUAGUUAUCGUGCAUUUCAUUUCAAACCAAAAUUCCCAUCAAUACCUGAAGUUAUGGUUGACUUUAAUACUAAAGAAAGAAAGAAAGAAAAAAAAAAAAAAAACAAAGUAGUUGCAUCGACAAAAAAUGAAAAUUGGCAGAAUAUCGACGAUCGAUGCAAUGUAAGAUUGUGGGUUCUAAUUUAUAGAAAUAUAUUAUUUUCUGUAAAUACCCUAUGCAAACAUUCUUGUUCCUAUAUUUACUACUAUUAUUAGUAAUCAUUGAAAAUCCAAGGCCAGAGAAUAAGGGUACAAAAGUCUCAUAAAAAUUCCUGAUUGACUCAAAUUGACUAAUGAACCAUGUGACAUCAUAGUCAUAGACUGAUCUGUAUCAUUUCUAAAAUCAGAUUUCGCGUUACGUUUCCGUUUUUGAGGCCUAUCGUACAGUCAAAACAUGGCAUUAUUUUCUACUAUAUUUUUUAAAAUGGUAAUGUCGUAUAGCACGAUCAUAUAGUCAGCGAUCUGGUAAGCCAUUGCACAUGAAUGUUUUAAUAUAGAUACAUACCUAAUAAUAAUAUACAUACUAUAUUUCUUGUGAUACAUUAUGCGCACGAUCAAAUGCUAGUGAGUGUUCAGGUAGGCAUUAAAGAGGACAUACCAAACACAACACUUUGAUAAAAUUGUUUCUACGUAAAGCCAAUAAAAUUUUUAUAUGUAUUACCGUGUCUAAUAAAUAAUUCGUAUUAGGAA